CUUUGACAUAUGCACGGCGCAAUGCAACGUUCAACAAACCUAAAGCUAAAAGGACCCAUUUGAAAAGUUAGAGGACAAAAGGAUUUUAACUUUCUCUGCUUCCUUUUAUCUUCAGGUUCUCUCUGUCCAGAUUUUCUCUCGUCCCUAUCAGCCAUUUUCCGGAUUCAAAAAUUACAGAAAUAUGCCUAAUUGGGAACUGAAGAACUGCUGCCAGCACGACCAGGUCGUCUUCCUUGUCACCAUCGGCGUCUUCUCCCUUGUUAUCCUCGCGCUAUGGAGGACAAUACUAAUGACACCUUUUAAGCUCAUCACCGUAUUUUUGCAUGAAGCAAGUCAUGCAAUUGCGUGUAAACUCACUUGUGGUCAGGUGGAAGGGAUUCAGGUUCAUGCAAAUGAAGGUGGAGUGACACAAACAAGGGGUGGUGUAUAUUGGUUGAUCUUGCCUGCAGGAUAUCUUGGUUCAUCAUUUUGGGGAAUGGCUUUGAUACUUGCAUCCACAAAUCUCACUACUGCAAGAAUAGCAGCAGGUUGUUUUGCUGUUGCUUUGUUGGUUGUGCUCUUUAUUGCUAAAAAUUGGACACUUCGAGGUCUUUGUAUUGGCUUCAUUAUUUUUCUUGCUAUUGUUUGGCUAUUGCAAGAAACAACAAAAGUACGGAUUCUUCGAUAUGUCAUUCUCUUCAUUGGAGUAAUGAACAGCUUGUUCUCAGUUUAUGAUAUUUAUGAUGAUCUAAUAUCUCGAAGAGUCCACUCUAGUGAUGCUGAGAAGUUUGCAGAACUUUGCCCCUGUCCUUGUAAUGGUGUUGGUUGGGGAGUUAUUUGGGGAAUGAUAUCAUUUAUUUUUCUCUCUGGAUCCAUAUAUCUUGGACUUGUGAUCUUAUCUUGAGGUGCAGACUCAGGAUCAAAUAUUUUGUUGAUAAAUUGGAGGGGCAUUCGUUUACUGUUCACUAUGGGCCCCUUCUCAUCUCUGGCUUUUCUUCAUUGUGAAACAUUGUCAUUUUGAUUCAUCAGAUGCUUAGUAGUGUUCUCCUGUGUAGUUUUGUGUACAUGGUCUCAUUCUUUUAGCCCUUUUUAUUUUGGGGUUAUAUAACAAUCUAUUAUUUAUUUGUACAGGAGACAUAUACCAAUUUAUUGAUUUGGAAUUUAGAGGCUA